UCACCGAGUCACCGCCGUCCGGACCUCGUCAACACCCGACAUGGGCGUCGUUCGUGUUUGUCCCGCAGUUGAUUGGCCCGCGGACGGCGAAGAUUGCGUAUGGGACCGCCGGCAUCAUUCAGAUCGUGGACGGCAUGUCGUGGAUGGUCGUCCGUGGGAACUCGGUGGGAGAGGGGAGAAGCACUUGUAUUGAGGUCAAUCCCUCGGGUGAAGGGCGCCAGACCUGGAAUCUGGAUGCUACCUAUUUGGUGACCGGGGCGCAGCUUGUAGGAGGGAUUGGGAAUCGGACGCAUCCCGACUCGGCUGGUGGGCCUGCGUUUUACAAGAUGACCGCGUCUACCAUCGUGUCCUCCUUGGCAGAACCGGAGGGAGGCACUGCCACCACGUCCAACAUGGCCGGCACGACGUCGAACCAAGCAACGAAUACAUUCCAGCUCGCGAAAUACGAUGCAGACCGCAUCGCGCUAGCGCGCACCCACCCAAUCUUCCGCUCCGUCGGCGCCGUGAUCAACCGCCACGUCGACACGCAGGCCGGACCAGACACUUUCCAAGACUACCUCGUCAAUCUCGAAGGGAUUCUCGAACACCGGGAGUUUCGCGAUAAAGAGGCAGAUGCAUUCCUGAGUGUCGACAUGGCCAAAGCGCUGUUUGAGACGCAUACAUUCGGAUCGGGGCGGAACGACCGUAUCCUGUUUAUUCGCCUGCGGGAUAAAGAGGAUCCGGAGACGAUCGGCGUGUACCUCGACAUGCGGCUGCAUCCGUAUCCCGUGGGCCUGCUGCCCGGCGCCCUGGUCCAGUUCCAGCGGCUGGCUAUCCGGAUGUCAGGCCGCGGAGCGCUCUACGGGCAUCACAUUGCAAACACGUCCAUCACCGUGUCCAACCCCCCGCUGCAACCGGACACGGCAACCAAGCCAACAGACGAACCCCCCGUGCCCGUUCACCUGCACUCCUUCUUGCCGCCCCACCGUACACCAUGCCACGUCAAGCUCGACAUCACGUUCGUCCAGGAAAUCACCAUCGGGCCCAUCUGCACCCUCUGCGGGUCCAAACCGCAACACGCAGGCUGUCCCAACGCGUGCCCCGCGGCCCAUCAAACCUUACAAGCCUCGGCCCGCGCGUUCGCGCAGGACGGGACCUGUGAAGCGUUGCUGUAUCUGGACGACCGGGAUACGGUGUUCGCGUUGUUGAGGGUCCUUGCCGGCCCGGGGUCCGGCGGGGAGGCGGUGUUGGGCAGGCUGGUGAGGGCGGAGAAGGAGGUGCGGUUUGUGCAGACGCCGCCGUGGUUUGCGGAUGAUGGAGGCGGAGGGAACGGGAGAGGCGCGGGAACGGCGGGCGGUGAGAGGGAUGAGGAUAUGGAUGCCGCGGGGAGGGGUGAUGAGUAUUUCCCGGCGGCAGCCAACAGCCGGGGCUCCAGAGCCGUUGGUGCACACCUCGCGGACAGGGACACGGACUUGCAAGAGGUCCUGACAACGUACUGCCAACAUCUCGACCUUCGACGGCCGGUCCUGGCGCGGUGCAGGAGGGUCAUGCGGCACAGGGGCCCGGCGGAGGAAUUUCGGAAACGGACGUUCAAAGUCGCGAACAUAGCUGUUCCCACCAUAGCGCAUCAGCGGCUGCUGUUGAAGGUGCUGCAUAUGGAGGGGUUAGAUGUCAAGAAUGAGAUAUCGAGGCUUACGAAGAUUCUGGCGGCGCGGCGUAUUGCAAUCGCGAGUGGUGGGGAUCAAUAACAAUUCUCAAAGAAAAGCGUACCACAAUAUAUUGACUUGUAACGGUAGCGAAAUAGGGGCAGGGGAAAAUGCGAGUAGUUAGAACUACUGCCAACAGUUCCGAAUAGCUUUGGCGCAUCUGUCAAAGUGUCAUAAAGGAAGUGCAUUAAUGGAAGGUCAUUGUACACAGCAUUAUACGUUCGGCAAGGAACCUGUUCAAGUGCCGCUGGAUCCUGUCCGUGCUCAGCUAACGUGAUGGCCAGCUCGCACCACGAUCUCGCAUCAUCCAACUGAUUGACGCUUUUACCCCGAUGGAGUGUUAGCAACGUAUCUUCGAAGUCAGACUCAAAUCCGCCUGGCCCACCUCCAGAAUUCACAUCCAUGGUUCC